AUGGUCAGUUUAAAUCGAUGCGAAAACUGCAUUGUUGUCACUCUGGGUGCAAAUCUUGAAGUCGAUGACGAAAUGGCCGAAAAGCAUAAAAGCACACUUGAAAACGCAGCGAUAGUGCUUAUUCAGGGUGAGAUCUCGCAAAAGGGGAAUAAGAGGAUUUUUGAACUUGCCAAAGAGCAGAAAGUUAAAACAUUUUUCAAUCCUGCCCCUGGUAAUCCAGAUUUGGAUAAGUCAAUAUUGCCGCUUACGGAUAUCAUUUGCACAAACGAGAAUGAGACGGAGUUUAUAACGGGUAUUCCACAGAAGAAUAUAGAUGAUGCCAAGAAAGCAGCUACUCAGAUAAUUACAAUGGGACCAGAGCAUGCAAUUGUCACCUUGGGACCACAGGGUACACUCUUUUUUCAUUAUUGCGAUUGCUUGUGGGAUCUGCAAAAAUUUAUUUAAUU